AUGGAAAACUCAACGGACUCAAAAGAUUUUUCAGAAAACUACGAUCGAAAGGUCAAAUUCAGGCUUCCAGACAAAGAAUCUGAUUAUGGCUUAAAAAAAAGCAGCAAAUCUCCUCAAAACCUAAAUCCACAAAAGCUCGUUAACCACAGUUUUGAGUCGAAAUUUAAAUUAAAGCUCAACAUUAUUAAAAGAGACCUGAACAACCGAAGCCAUUCAGUCGAAAGAAAAAAGUACUUUAAUGAAGAAAAACCUCAAAAUACCUUAAUUACAGACCGCUAUAAGAAAAAUGACGAGCACAAACAAUGUAGAUCUAAGUCCCCUAACCAAUCAAGCCAUAACAGAAAUAGAAGCGUGACCCCAAGAAAAGCUCAAGAAAAUUCUAUAUCACAAAACACGACUCCAAGGCCAAGCACAUCAAAACCCCAGUCACUUAUUGACUUAUACCUGCUUACCAAGAAUAGCCCACUAAGGAGCAUUUUUUGGUUCGCCAUUCUUAAAUUUGGUUAGCCAGAAAAUAUGGUAUGACAACGAAUUUGGCAAGCCAGCUAUUGUCCAGCCAGCCAAAAAAUGCUCCUUAGUGGGCUAUUCUUGGCAAAUAAGCAUAGAAAACUAUUUUUCAGAAAUUUGUUCAUCAAUUGAAAAAUCAGCUAAAAUCGAAAUGGAAGUACUGAAUAAAGCUGAAUGCAUGCAAGGAGUUUUGAAAGACUGUCUUACAGAAAUUCCAGACCUUUCUUUACAAUUUUAUGUAUUAAUGUCGUCAAUUUUGAAAGAAAUCCAAACAAUCAAUAAAAAAGAUGACUCAAUUUCGAUAUGCCCUUUAGCGUCAAAAUUGCUGGAGCUUGGGGAUUAUUUGGAAAAUCGGAAAUAUUCUGCAAGUUUAAAGAAAAAUAAAGAAAUAAAUGAUACCCCAACUAUAAAGAAGCCAAGUGAUCCGUUAAGCAUAUUAAAAGAAAAUUCAGCAAAAGUGACAGCAAGGAUUAUAGAAUCAAUGAAAAAAGCAGCAUUAAAAGAGAAGGUGAUUGAAAAUUUAACUUUGGCUUUUUUUAUAUAUAUUUUUAGUGCAGAGGGCAGCUUGAAAUCAAAAUGCAAAAAUUCUUAUGGAAAUGAUCUGGUUAAUGCAAUUAGAGAAUGCGCAACUAGUCCGGGAGAGCUUGUAGUUAUAGUGAGAAAUGCAUAUAAAUUUAUAAACUCUGAUGGAAUUUCUGAUGAAAAUAUAAGAAAAAAAUUGAUGAGCUGCUGUGAAUACAUAAAAGUGGCGAUCUGAGCGCACCUGAAUUCUUGACGCAGUUUUCUCGAACCUUAUGACCAAGGGGAGCUGGAAAGAGCAGCCGAGAUUCAGGUCUAAUAGGGUUUAUAUAUAUCCAUGUAGGUUUCGUCUUAGUUCUUGAUAUUGGAAAGAGUUAAUCUGACAGCAUUCUUCGGAACCCGAAUAUGGAACUCACUGCGAUACCAGGGCUUGAUGCCUGGACCCAAGGAUUAAGACUUUUUCUGUAGUUGCUGAGGGCAGACACCCAGCACCUGUUAGACUCUAGGUUUUUCCCUCUGGAUCAAGCUACUUACCAAUCGCCUAAUGCAGAGCUGCAGAAGUUCAAAGUUAACCUACUCAACACUGGAGCGGACAAGGCAAAGAGGCAUUCUUAGCACAUAACAAUCUGAAAGUUCCUUGCGUCAGUAGCCGAAGAAGGAUCAAGAUAGUUCGAAGCUUUUCUCACCGGCGGAGUCAUUUCAGCCGAUCAAGUGUCCUAAAGGAAUUUUGCAAAUAGGAUGAACCUUAAAGGUCCUUGUCGGCUACAUAACAAUACGGCCACGCGCACUUGAUGAGCUGCUAUGCAAGAUUGAUUUACAAGCAUAUGAAGAGGAGCAUCCUUUCUUAGCUGUAUAUAAUUUCUUAAAAAGUGUUCUAAGCUACUAUAGAAAAGUAUUCUCAUUUAUAUAAAUAAAAACCUUUUCUCUUUAAAAAAUUUUAUAAAGUCUAAUUAUUAAAUAUAUUAUAAAAAAAAAUACCUACUCCAAUUAUAAAUCCACCAAAAAUAAUUGAAGAUAAAAUUGAAGAUACAAAAUCAUCCCCUCGUAUAUCUCCAAGUGAAUCUCCAAAAAAUAUUCAUAAAAAAAGCCCAACAAGCCAAAACGUGGCUGAUAAUAAUGUAAUUGUUGACGUUUCUCCUUUGAAAAGUAGCCAAGAAAGAUCUCCUAGUCCUAAAUCUAAACAAAAUACUAUAAAUCUCAUCAAAGUUAGACCUAGCAAUUUAUCAAUCCAAUGUACAGAAGAAAUAAAGCAAUUUUCCGAAGAAAGUCAUAGAAGAGUAAUCUCUGAGCAACCAGAAAUAACCUGCAAAAUCAUUACACUAGAAAAAGUCCACAAAAGCAAAGAGUUAAUGUCAAUAAUCCAAUUUAAAGAAUUUAUUUUACAAAAAAUUUCUGAUGGUUUUCAAACCACAAAGGGCUCAAAAUCAGAAAUAGAUGAAAUCAGAAAAAAAUUACGCACAAAAAUAGUUGAGUCAAGGGAUUUAUGAAUAAAUGAAAUAAAAAAUACUUAUGGCCUGGGCAUUCUUAUUUCUCAAGAUUUUAUCAAUAGUCCUUCUUUAGUAUUUCUAUCUCUGCCAUUGUUUUACUAAUCAAAAUUUCUCUGAGUUGCUCAGGCAGCACAGAUAAGACUCCAAGCAAUAAAAAUGCUCAGGCUAUAUGAAGAUAUCGAUGAAAUCUGACUAAAUAGUCCCGAAUAUGAAAAGAGGUUCCUCAAUGAAUCUAUGAAAAUAAUCAGACAAUUCGAAGCCCAGACCCAGAAAAAACUCAUUACCGAUCUUGCAGCCCAAGAAUUUUUCCAACAAAAACGAAAACUAGUUACUAAAUUCAGCAAAUAUAUGAGAUAUUAA